AUGAUUGAUCGUUGCGUUUUGGGCGCAUGCGGCAUGCCUGAGGCUAUAUUAAUAGUUGUGUCUUUACGGUUGGUUUAUAAGCAAUUUUUCAGUGUUCGAAAACACUUGAACACUGAGGAGUGGACGUUGAUGGCUGCUAUUGCAGUCGGCCUCGUCAGCAUGGCUCUAUCAAUCUUUGGUAUCACUGGUCAUGGUUUUGGAAUCGAUGUCUGGGGUCUUGAUCAACCAACCCUGGUUGCCUUUCGGCGAUAUUUUUAUGUCAUACAGAUCUUCUACGUUGUGUUGAUGGCUCUUUUGAAGUUGACUUUUACUUUUUUUUACCUCAACAUUUUCUCUGGAAGGGGCAUACGCGCCCUUCUAUGGAGCACUGUGGCUUUUCAUGUCGCCUUGGCCUUGGCUUUCAGCAUCGGCAUCGUCUUUCAAUGCCUACCAAUCCCUUACCAGUGGGAAAAGCUGAACCAUGUCCAUGAUGCUACAAUGACGGGGUACUGCGCCAAUACCAAUGCAGCUGGCUGGGUAAAUAGUGCCUUGAGCGUUUUGUCAGACAUUUGGUUGUUGUCGAUUCCCUUGAGCCAGCUGCACAAACUCCAUUUACAUUGGAAGAAAAGGCUCGGCGCUGGAUUCAUGUUCAUGACUGGCUUUGGUGUCACAGUCAUAUCUUGUCUACGUUUAGCGUCAGUUCGCAACUAUGCUUCGACAUCGAAUCCAACAUGGGAUCAGUGGGACAUUAUGUGGUGGUCUACAGUUGAGAUUCAGGUUGGAUUGAUUUGCACUUGUUUGCCAUCAAUGCGACUCAUCCUUAUCCGACUAUGGCCACGAGCAUUCGGUUCUGAAUCGAGCAAUCCGCUAAUCUCUCUAAAUCGGGUCUCAUCUUUGGAAACGCACCAUACACGACUAUUCGAGGAUGAGGAAUUGACUCAGCCGGACCUGACGGCCACAACUUUAGCAACCCAUCCUGAGGCGGUUCCGAAAUGCCCAGAGCCUGUUUUUUACUACCGCAGUGAGAAAAGUACCGGCGGAUCUGCAGAUGCAGUUUGA